AUGCCAGUGAGUGUGGAACAGUGGAGGGCAGCUGUAGGGGCAAUGGCUAGGUCUGCAGCUCCCAAGCCACGGAGCCCCAUUGGUCCCCACUGGAACAAGUGGCUGAAGACCAGUGAUCCUGUGGUCUACAAAGGAUGUGUGGUUCUGUUGGUGACCAUAGCACAGCUUUUCCGGUCUGGUCUGGGGACGGAAGAGGUGGUGAAGGAAGGCAGUGAGCAUGUCUGUCAGUCGGCUAGCAGGGGAAAGACUCGGGUGCUGGCAAUGAGAGCAAGACCCAGUGCUGUGCUGGCCACAUCACUUGUGUCUCAACUGCUGAUCCUACUUUGUCGACACAUACUCCAACUC